CCACGGUAAACGCGGGAAUAAUUCCCCUUUCAGUGUAGCAGGGUUCUGUUGCGUUUGUUUUCGCUGCUCCAACAUAGCUUCCUCUCUUCUGUGCACCAUGGAAGAAAACAAGCUGCCGGACCUGCUGAAUGGAAGUGCGACCCGGAAAAGGGAAGACUACCUGGAGUGGCCAGAGUAUUUCAUGGCUGUAGCCUUUCUGUCAGCACAAAGGAGCAAAGACCCAAGUUCACAGGUGGGCGCAUGCAUAGUGAAUCAAGAGAAUAAGAUUGUUGGCAUUGGUUACAACGGCAUGCCCAAUGGUUGUGAUGACGACCUGUUGCCCUGGUCUCGUUCUGCUGAUGACCGCCUCAACACCAAAUACCCUUAUGUGUGCCAUGCAGAACUGAACGCCAUCAUGAACAAGAACAGCGCUGAUGUGAAAGGAUGCACAAUGUAUGUGGCUUUGUUCCCAUGCAAUGAAUGUGCUAAACUCAUCAUCCAAGCAGGUCUUAAAGAAGUUGUGUAUCUUUCGGACAAAUACCACGAUACGCCCGAGAUGGUUGCUUCCAGAAAGCUGCUCAGCAUGGCUGGAGUACAGUACAGGCAGUUCAAGCCCAAAAGGUCUGAGAUUGUUAUUGAUUUUAAUUCCAUUAACCACCGGGGAAACGCCGGACUCUGCCACCAGCGAGGGGAGCAGCUGAACCAAGCAGACGGAGAAAGAGCAGAUUCUGCCGCUGUUUCCAUGAACAACUCCUGAACACGUUGGUGUUCAGUAGGGAAGUAGUUUAAUCCUCACAGUUUGGAAAAUAGCAUUCAGCAUUUUAUUUAGCAUGAGCAUUGUGUUUGAUGUUUUUUUUUUUUUUUUAACCUUUAAUGAUUUUUCCCCCCCAUUUCUUUAAUGGAAAAAAAAAUUCUGUGUACGUUUUAAAGAGAGGUUUUAUUUUUUGAUCCACAACUUUACUGUAGCAUUAUUUUUUAUUGGUUCUAAAUACUCUUAAUGCUGGAUAUCAUUGUUACUGUGCAUCUCUCUGGAUUGUUACAGAUGUGAAAAUUCGCCUGUGGUGUUUCCCACCAUUUUAUUAGUUUGCUUACAUUUUAGACCCGAUAUGCUAAGGAAAGGCGUGUUUAAAAACACACACACAAAACUAUCUGAGCUAAUGACUUUUUUUUUGUUACGCUGACAGUCAUUGACAGCUAAUCAGAUGCACACCAUUGAAUUUGUAUUCUUAUUAAUGAGGGAAGGCAGAUGUUUACACCAUCCCUCCUUCUACUAUAUCAGCCAUCUGUGCCUCCCAGUGCAAUAAAAGUGGGAUGACAAAAGCUUAA